AUUCGCGUCACUAUUCUCGAGUCGCUCGAGUAACCGAGUAACGGACCGUUCGCAAUAACGUGGGCGAGCUCUCUUAUAUACAGACAUGUCUAUCUGUAUAUAUAUGUAUAUAUAGAUAUAUAGUAUUCACACACGAAAGUAGUGACUGUUACGAAGGGUCUGGACCCCCCAUAAUACACCAGACGGCGACAUUCGGUCCUCGUCUCUUUCUCUCUCUCUCUCUGUCACACACACACACACGCACGAUAUAUAAGCUCUCGCGCUUAUCCGUCUUCCUACGCCCCCCCCCACUCAUCCUUCUCCUCCUCCUCCUCCUCCUCCUCCCUUCCUACUUCCAUCUUCCUCGAUGUGUCCUCUCUCGCUUCUUCCCUUUUUCUUUUUUAUUUUUUCUCUUUUUUCUUCUAUCUCUUUUUUUUCUUUUCUCUCUUCUCUCUUUCCCUCUCUCUCUCUACUGUCUCGAGGUCGUCAUCGUCGUCGUCGUCAUCGUCGUUGUCGUCGUCGUUGUCGUCGUCGUCGUCGUCGUCGUUGGUGCUUUGUUUAUCGCAAAUAUGCGCUCACACUGUGGUACUAGAGACCUUCCUUCUUUCAUAAGAAGAGAACAGAACGAGAACGGACGUUCGUCGGUCAGUUUAUGUCGAGGUGCGAUCGAGUGAGGAUCGUCGCGUGCGAUCUACGAUAAUAAUCACGAUCACGAAUUCCUUAUCAUCAUCGAAUCCAUUAAUCGUAAUUGUCAUUGUCGUUUGUCGCGAACGAGAGAGAGAGAGAGAGAGAGAGGGAGAAAGAUAGGGAGAGAUCGAUAACGAGACACAUAGGUGAAGAACAAUGUCACAGGUGCGUAGAAUCGUUCCGUUAAUGAAAAUCACCGAGAUCGAAGAGAAUUCUCCGCAAAAGGUUCAGGAUAAGUCGCUGGAAAUAGUCUCGCCGGUAUCAAGCAUGAUUCGUGAUUUCGAUAAGUCUACGAUAUCGUUAAAAGAAUGUAUGGAAAGUGAUACGAACAAUUCAGAUCUGCGUUUAGAUUUGUCCAAGGUAAUCUCGCCGAAUGUGGGAAAAGAACAAAGUCUCUUCAAGAAUGUAUUUAGAAUUAGAAGUACGCCGGAAAAAGAGGUAGCUCCUAAACCAAAAGCACGAAGAUUAGUGGGCAUGGCGGCACGAAGAUUCGUCGGUCUUGAAACCUUCUCGCCAUCUACCAACAAAGAAAAUGGCACAGUUAAUCGUAACGUCAACUCUAGUCCGCAGAAAAUAAAUGGAAGCAAACGGUCACGCUUCCCUCUCGAAGAUUGCGACUCGAACAACCAGGAUAACAGCUAUGGAGUUAAUUUGCACGAGAGAGAUACACGUACUGGAUUUCAAUUUGCGGAACCUCUUGGCGUGCCACCAAGACGUAUAAACGUCGCGGAUGCUCGAAGUCCCAUACAAUCACCUAUAAGAUCAUCGCCUCGUGAAUUAUUAACCGAUCCGAUGAUCUUCCGUAGUUUGUCAUCGGGAUACGAGAGUAUGGACGACGAUUUAAACGAUCUUAUGGAUUUGGACGCUUUGGACGAAGCAACGCAUUUACCAAAUGGCCUUACGAGUUUACUAUCUGGUAGCAUAGUUGGGUCGGAAAUAAUGGAAUAUGCUAUAAUAACAACACCGGAGUAUCCUCGUACAAAAGUGAAACGUUCCUUUCGACGUUCUAUGUCAUUACAAAACGACCGAAAUAAUCCGCAGUCGUCCGUAUCGAAAGUACGUUCCUGUCUAUUUCGUUCGCCCUCGACAACCUGUUCAACUCGUAAACUAACAUUCGACGACAAUACACAAACGCGUAAUCCAUCUUAUCCGAAUGUGGACUCACCGCCGGAAACGAGAUCGUUUAAAAGACCAGAUCCACCAGCCGAACAUAGUCCUCGAUUAGUCAAGAGGUCUAGGAUAUCGGUUGACUUCCAACAUAUACCGGAGGACGUUGAAUUGGAGAUAUCGUCCAAACAGACAACUUACGUAACGGAGAUCGAAACGAAGCUAGUCAAAAAAUCAAUCAAGUCAAAUUGUUUGGAGAAUAUGCCAGAAAGUGUAGAAACUUGUGAGCCUAUUAAGGAAACCUUGGAGAAUGUUUUUGGCGAUAGUAAAACACAUGCCAUGAUCAAAUCGGCGAUACACCGUAGCGUAACCGACGCCGAUCUUACAGGUGACUUUAGUAAACCUUGCAUUUUACCUCUUGCCGAGGGUCGACACGAUGAUCUCAAAUCGAUCUCCGUUGAUACCUUGGCAGCUUUGAUGCGUGGUGAUUUUGAAGAGUACAUUGAUUCCUUCGUUAUCGUCGAUUGCCGAUAUCCUUACGAAUACGAAGGUGGACACAUCCAAGGUGCACUCAAUCUUUAUAGCAAGGAAUUGAUCGAACAACAUUUAAUCGAUCCAUUGACCAACGUACCGGAGAUACAGCCCAAUUCUUGCAAACGUCGCAUUCUCGUCUUCCAUUGUGAAUUCUCUUGGGAACGUGGACCGAAUCUUUCCCGUUUUCUACGUAAUAUCGAUCGUCAACGUAACAAGGAACAUUAUCCUGCCCUUCAUUAUCCGGAAGUUUAUCUAUUACAUGGAGGUUAUGAACAGUUCUAUAAGGAACAAAGAAACCUUUGCUCGCCACAGGGCUACAAACCAAUGUCGGAUCCGAAUCACGAGGCCGAUCUCAAACAAUUCCGUGUUAAGAGCAAAAGUUGGCAAUCUGAAAAACCUGUAAGCAGAGUUAGUGGACUCAUGGUUAGAACGAAUAUCAAGCGUUUAGGUUUUUGAGAUAUUCUUUUUUCUUCUUCUCCUUCUUCUUCUUCUUCUCCUUCUUCUUCUUCUUCUUCUUCUUCUUCUUCUCCUUCUUCUUCUUCUUCUUCUUCUUCUUCUUCUUCUUCUUCUCCUUCUCCUUCUUCUUCUCCUUCUUCUUCUUCUUCUUCUCUACCCUUCCUUCCUUGAAUCUCUUCGUGUUCUUUUGUCAAGAUUACUUGGAUGCACUAAGGUGACUUCGACACUAUAUUGCAAACAAAGAUCUAUAUUCUCCCCUUUAUUUUUCUAUUCUCCUAUUUUAUUUAACUUUCUUUUCUUUUCUUUUUUUUGUUUUUUUAUUUUUCACACAUCGGGAUUGAACGCGGCGCGAGUUUCGUUUCUUGUUUCUUUUUCCUUCUUCUUCUUUACGCCUUCUUUCUCCGCAUAUUAUGCAAUCGCGCGUUCAAAGUGCAAGAGGAGCAAGGAAUCGAGUUUUCCUUGCUCGCGAAACUAUAUGUGAGUCCUGUGAAUCGUCAAGUGUCUAAUUCGAGAUUAUAAUAUCUUAUAGAGACUCUUCGCGAAGAGUUCCUUUUUCUUCUGUUUUUUUCCUCCCCCUUUUUUCUUUUUUUUUUCUUUUCCUUUUCUUUUUUUUUCUGUAUAUAUGUUCUUCCGUACAAGUUAGAUUUAGAUUAUACAUAAACGAGAGAUAACCAUCGAAAAGAGAGAGAGAGAGAGAGAGAGAGAGAGAGAGAGAGAGAAAAGAAAAAAGAUAAUAACACCAAUUAAAAAUGCAACACAAACAAAACAAAUUAGAAAAUGGGGGCGUGCGUUUCUUUCGGGGGAAAAAAUAAUUGUCAAUAUAUUAUUAUUAAGUUAAUUGUAAGGAAAAUAUUUUUCGUCGAGUUUUAUGAAGAGGGGGAAGAAAAGAAAAACAAGCAUUCGAUAGGAUAAUAAAUUCCUUUGUGUUAAAUCCAAAUCCGGCGAAAUAAUGAUCAAAGAUGCAAUAGCUCCAUCCUGAUCUACUUACGAUAUGAUGGUGGAGCGGCGUGGAGCCAUAAGAGAGUCAAAUGUGUCACAAAUCUUUAAUGCUUCAAUCAUUAAUUCCGGGCGAGCAUCCCACUUGUACACUUAGACACUCUACUCUCUUAUGACUUUACGAUGUAAAAGUGUUUUCACUCUAUCAUCAUUGUUUAUUUUAGAAAAAUAACUUUGCUGUAGAUGUUGUGUGUCUGUAUGUGAGAGAAAGAAAGAGAAAUAGAAUGAGUAUAUAUAUGCGUGUAUGUAUGCCUGUAUGUAUGCCUGUAUGUCUGUAUGUAUGCGAAAGAGGGAGAGAGAGAAGGAAGAUGAAAAAUGUAGUAUUUUGUUAUCGUCAUUGAGCGUUCUCGUCUCGAUAGACGAUACGACCAAAGUAUUUCCUAUUUAGCGAAUUUCUAGGUUAAUUAUCUCUUCUUUUUUGACGACAUCUAUUGCGUUCAAAAUGGCAGGGUAUGCAUGAACAAAAUGGAUGACACGAGUAUUCCUAAAUGUGCAAAGUUCCCAAUGUUAUAAUGUAAAAAUUAUUCCAUGUUAAAUAUACAUUGUAAGCUAUACUUUA